UUCUGGUGCGGAAGAAGGUGGCGAAUCGUGUGCGCAAGGUGGUGCGCUCGAAGGAGGCCACAGGACUAGGCGACAUAGUGGGCAAUAAAGGAGGAACGGCAGUCAAGCUGACUAUCGGAGACACUACCAUUUGCUUUGUGAGCGCUCAUUUGGCGGCACAUGAGGGCGAGAAGUUCAGGGAAAGACGGAACACUGACGUGUGUGAUAUCAUUAACGGCAUGUGGCUGAAGGGCCCCAAACUACUCGACCUCACCAAUUACUGCCAACACGUCUUCUGGAUGUAA